CCCUCUGUUUUAAUCUCUCUCUCUCUCUCCUUAUCUCUCUAUCUAUCUCUCUUUCUCUCUCUCAACUGACAGACAGAUGCACACCAUACUUGAGCUGAUUAUUACAUGCACAUACUAUACCGCUAACCUGUGUGUGUGUAUUGAUCAGUGGGGUCUUUCUGAGGGAGAUGUGAGGACACUCACCUUUUUAGUGUCAUGUUGUGUUAACAGUGUCCAGCAGGGGGCGUCAGGCACAGACGAGAUGCAGAGGGACUCUCUAGAACACAGUCUACAUUUCAAGCCAGAAGACUUCGAACCCAACCCCUUAGGAGUGAAGAGACCCGCGCUUGUGAAAACCGCAAUUCCGUCGAUAUUUACCUUGCCAGAUGAUGUCGACGAACAGUCAGGAACUUCUGGAACUAGCAGUGCUAUCGCAUUUGCCUGGAGAUGGACACCAGAGGAGGCAGAGGUCCAUGAGAAAUUCAGAUCCACAUUGAAGAGCACGUUUCAGCAUCUGGUUGAGGGAAUAUCUAAUCAGGGAGAAUCCAGACUCCUCCAAGAGAUCUACACAGAUCUCCACAUCACAGAGGGAGGAGGAGGGGUCAAUGAUGAACAUGAGGUCAGACAGAUAGAGAGAGCAUCCUGGAGAGAAGCAGCACGAGGCAGAUCAAUCGAAUGCAGUAACAUCUUUAAACCCUUAUUGGACGAUGAACAAUCUGAGUCUGAUGAUACAUCUGAUGAAUGUGAUGAAGCGUCUGAUAAAUCUGAUCACAGACAACACAAACCCAUCAGAACAGUGCUGACAAAGGGAGUGGCGGGCAUUGGGAAAACAGUCUCUGUGCAGAAGUUCAUCCUGGACUGGACUGAAGGAAAAAACAAUCAAGAUGUCCACUUCAUAUUUCCUCUUCCUUUCCGAGAGUUGAACCUGAUGAAGAACAAGAAACUCAGUCUGGUGAAGCUUAUUCAACACUUUUUUCCAGAAAUUAAAGAUUCAAAAAUCUUCACCAGUUCAGAGCACAGAGUCAUGUUCAUCUUUGAUGGUCUGGAUGAGUGUCGACUUCCUCUAGAUUUCCAUUCCAAGCUGAGUUGUUGUGAUGUGACAGAGCCAGUCUUAGUUAACGUGCUGCUGACAAACCUCAUCAAGAGGAAUCUGCUUCCCUCUGCUCUCCUUUGGAUCACCACCCGGCCAGCAGCAGCCAGUCAGAUCCCUCCUGAGUGUGUGGACCAGGUGACAGAAAUAAGGGGAUUCAAUGACCCACAGAAAGAGGAGUACUUUAGGAAGAGAGUCUGUGAUGAAAACCUCGCCAACAGAACCAUCACACACCUAAAGUCAUCCAGGAGCCUCUACAUCAUGUGCCACAUUCCGGUCUUCUGCUGGAUUUCAGCCACUGUGGUAGAGAGAACAUCAUUUGAAUCAGAAAACAUAGAAAUGCCAAGAACUCUCACUCAAAUGUACACUCACUUCCUGAUCAUUCAGACAAGCCUGAAAAAAGCCAAGUACACAGAGAGAAAAGAGACAGAUGAAGAGAUAAUUUUCAAACUGGGGAAACUGGCUUUCCAACAGCUGAAGGAAGGGAAUCUGAUCUUCUAUGAGGAAGACCUGGGAGAGUGUGACAUUGAUGUCACAGAAGCAUCAGUGUACUCAGGAGUGUGUACUCAGAUCUUCAGAGAGGAGUCUGGGGUGUACCAAGGGAAGGUGUUCAGCUUUGUGCAUCUGAGCAUUCAAGAGUUUCUUGCAGCUUUAUAUGUGUUCCUCUGCUUUGAAAACAGAGAGAGAAGCAUGACUGACCAACAUCAAACCUCUCAGCUCUCUGCCCUAUUCAGAGCUGCAACAUUGCAUGACCUACACAAGACUGCAGUGGACCUGGCCUUACAGAGUGAGAAUGGACACCUGGACCUUUUCCUCCGCUUCCUUUUGGGCCUGUCACUGGAGUCCAAUCAGAAUCUCUUAAUGCACCUACUGCCACAGACAAUAAGUCAUAAACAGAGCUCAGAGCAAACAGUCCAGUAUAUCAAACAGAAGAUCAGAGAUCAAAGUAAUUCAGGCAGAAGGAUCAACCUGUUCUACUGUCUGAAUGAACUGAAUCACCAUUCUGUAGUGGAGAAGAUUGACAGGAGCUCAGGAACUCUGUUUGUAGACACACUCAUACCAGGAGAGUGGGAGACUAGGAGAUUUACAUUUAAGAUUCCAGAGGAGCAGCUGGAUGAGUUUGACCUGCAGAAGUACAUAAAGACACCAGAGACUGAUCAGACUGAACUCCUCAGUCCAGAUGAAGUUCUUCAGAGGCUGGUUCCAGUGGUCACAUCAGCACUGCUGUAUGAGUGUUCCCUCACAGAGAAGAGCUGUGCUGCGAUAGCGUCAGCUGCCAGAUCAAACUCCUGCAGUUUGAAGGAGCUGGACCUGAGUCACAAUGAUCUUCAUGAUGCAGGAGUUCAGCAUCUCUCAGAGCUCCUCAAGCUGUGGAACUGUUCCCUCACAGAGAAGAGCUGUGCUGCGAUAGCGUCAGCUGCCAGAUCAAACUCCUGCAGUUUGAAGGAGCUGGACCUGAGUCACAAUGAGCUUCAUGAUGCAGGAGUUCAGCAUCUCUCAGAGCUCCUCAAGAAUCCCCACUGCAAACUGGAGAAACUAGUGCUGGUUGAUUGUUCCCUCACAGAGAAGAGCUGUGCUGCGAUAGCGUCAGCUGCCAGAUCAAACUCCUGCAGUUUGAAGGAGCUGAACCUGAGUGCCAAUGAGCUUCAUGAUGCAGGAGUUCAGCAUCUCUCAGAGCUCCUCAAGAAUCCCCACUGCAAACUGGAGACACUAGAGCUAAGUGAUUGUUUCCUCACAGAGAAGAGCUGUGCUGCGAUAGCGUCAGCUGCCAGAUCAAACUCCUGCAGUUUGAAGGAGCUGAACCUGAAUAGAAAUGAGCUUCAUGAUGCAGGAGUUCAGCAUCUCUCAGAGCUCCUCAAGAAUCCCCACUGCAAACUGGAGAAACUAGUAGUGGAUGUUGGUAUCUUCCUAAAGGAGAGUACAGCAGCAGCAGCAGCCUCUGCUAGCAGCUCCCACUCAGAUGCUGCAGAGCUGCACCUCAGAGACAAAGCCCAGCAGAACCCAGGAGCAGAGCUGCUCUCUCUGGACACUCACAUGGAGGAACACCAAUGUGAAUCCUGUGCUGAAGUUCCAGACUCCAGCCACUGGGUCCUGGUGAAACCUGAAGUCUCAACAGUGGACAGCGUCUCCACCUACAGCCUGAGCUCUCCUACAGGGAGCUAUGAGUGCCCAGAGUCUGGUCUGCGCUGGACGUGUGCUGGUCCAGUCACCCUGCAGUACCACUUCAUAGACUGGCAUCUCUUGGCUGAUGAGCUGCCCCACAUGCAGUAUAGACCAGCUGGACCUUCAAUGGACAUCAAGCUCAUCUCAGGAGAGCUGGAGGAGAUCCACCUGCCACAUUUCCUCUGUUUGGGAGGUAGCCGGUCUUCUCUGAAGGAUGCUGUGGAGGUUCUGCAUAAGCAGGACAGUGGAGUGUCUAUAGAGAAGUGUGAUUUGAGUCGCUUCCAUGCCAGGCUGGUGAACCCCUCGUUUUCUCUUUUAGGGCUUUUUUACUCUCUAAAAUCUUUCUUCUUUUCUGGCAACAAGAAGGAGAGUGAGAGGCCAAUUGAGACCCAUGCUGAUGUGCUGGUUUAUCGGAGCAGCAUGUUACCCCUCACUUUUCGCACAUACCUCCUGCCAGUGAAUCUAACACUUAAGAAGCUAGUGGAGGACCAGGAAAAAUCGGAGGAAUUCAGUGGUGUCAAACUGGCUAUGCCCCGACCUGUGAGACCUCUUCAGAUGAAUGGCUUCUAUAGCUUAAAGCCUGACUGCAAGUCCAGAGUUUAUCCAGUAGAGCUGAACCUCAUAGACUGCCAUUUUGUUCCCAACUUCUCUGUGGUGCGCAUAAGCAAGGCUGUCGACUUCAAGAUGGAGCUCCACAGCUCUGGAGACAAACAGGAAGUCUGGCAAGCAGACAUCUUGGGAACUGAAUGCUGGACUAAACCCCAACAAGACAAUGUUACCACCUCUACUGAAGUUUCUGAAUCCACCACACUCAUAAGCUUAUUUGAGGCUAUCAACAUCCAAACCUCUGUGAAGCAAGAAACAGUCUAUCAAGCAGAAGUCCAGAGAACUGAACGUUUGAGGGAACCUCGGCAGGACAAUACUCACACAGUAGACGAAGUAGAGUUCCUCAAAGACAAAAUGCCAGAUCUCAUUCAGAGGGUGACCAACGUGAUGCCUCUAGCAGAUGAGAUGCUGUCAAAAAACAUCAUCAAAACAGAACAGUACAACAACAUCAAAGCAGAACUUACUGACCAGGGCAAGAUGAGAUGUCUGUUUGAUGCCCUGCGCUCUUGUGGGACUUCUGAGAUAAAGUUGCUCUUCAAAAUCCUUCUGAGUCAACACUCUUCCCUGCUGAGAGAGUUGGGCUGGGAUUGACCCACCACUUCACGCCCUACAGACCAUGGGAAGACCAUGAGCAUGACUGUCUUGAGAGUGAAUUGAAAUAUGAAGCUAAAUUAAAUUAAAUCAUAGAGGCAUUAUGUUUUUCCAAAUCUAGCAAUCUAACAGCCUACAGCCUCGCCUUGUCAAACAACAAUAGCACGGUUGGCUCUCAGAGAACCUUGCUAGCUGGGGCAUGUUUCAAAUGGUUUGCCAAUAGCUGGGUAUAGUGGGAACAGCUGGAGUGCUCCAGUCUAGUAGCAUUUAGGUUUCCUUAUGCCACAUUUUGUAGACAAUUACAUAAAACAUAAUGUUUAUGCAAUUUGAAUGGUGCCACAAGUUCUUUUGAGAUCAAUAUGACGUAGAAAUAGUGUGGUUGCUGUGUUUGACAAGGAUCACUAUCACUGGUUUGCAACAUUUUGUAAUUAUGUGGUCUUUUAUGUCUUUUAACUAUUCUAUUUUAUGUACUACGUUUUACUGUUUACUUUUUAACAUUUUUUGAACUACUGCCCUUUUAUGCUUGUUCAUGUAAAGCACAUUGAAUU